AUGCCAAAUUCGACAACGUUGGGAAGAUUUAUGGCACAUAUAGAAGAGAGCAAGUCUUCAUCAAUAGAGGCAUCAGAGUCAUUAUUUGAAAAAGAUCUACUAUAUGAGAUUCCCGAAGGUACAAAAACACAAGAAGAACUUAAAGAACAGCCUAAAGAAAGCAAAAUUGAAUCAAAUGGAACAGGUAAUGGACCUAGUAGAAUUCUAAUUAUUGGAGUUGCAAUUGCAAUAAUUAUUAUUGUAAUUGUAGUUGUCUGUGUUCUUGUUUGGUUCUUCGUUUUUAGGAAGAAAUCUGAUGAGAAAGAGUCAGAAUCUGGAGAAAAGGUUUAA